AUGUGGAAGUCUGUAGUGGGGCAUGAUGUAUCUGUUUCCGUGGAGACCCAGGGUGAUGACUGGGACACAGACCCUGACUUUGUGAAUGACAUCUCCGAGAAGGAGCAGCGGUGGGGAGCCAAGACCAUUGAGGGCUCUGGACGCACGGAGCACAUCAACAUCCACCAGCUGAGAAGCAAAGUGUCCGAGGAGCAUGACAUUCUCAAGAAGAAAGAGUUGGAGUCAGGUCCUAAAGCAUCCCAUGGCUAUGGAGGUCGGUUUGGAGUGGAAAGAGACCGGAUGGACAAGAGUGCUGUGGGCCACGAGUAUGUUGCCGAUGUAGAGAAACACUCUUCACAGACUGAUGCUGCCAGAGGCUUUGGGGGCAAAUAUGGAGUUGAGAGGGACCGGGCAGACAAGUCAGCAGUGGGCUUUGAUUACAAGGGAGAAGUGGAAAAGCACGCAUCUCAGAAGGAUUACUCUCAUGGCUUUGGUGGCCGCUAUGGGGUAGAGAAGGAUAAACGGGACAAAGCAGCUCUAGGAUAUGACUACAAAGGGGAGACGGAGAAGCACGAGUCUCAGCGAGACUAUGCCAAGGGCUUUGGUGGCCAGUAUGGAAUCCAGAAGGACCGAGUGGAUAAGAGUGCCGUUGGCUUCAAUGAAAUGGAGGCCCCAACCACAGCGUAUAAGAAGACCACACCCAUAGAAGCAGCUUCCAGUGGUGCCCGUGGGCUGAAGGCAAAAUUUGAGUCCAUGGCUGAGGAGAAGAGGAAGCGAGAAGAAGAAGAGAAGGCACAGCAGAUGGCCAGGCAGCAACAGGAACGAAAGGCCGUGGUGAAGAUGAGCCGAGAAGCUCAGCAGCCUUCAGAGCCUGUGGAAAAGCCAGCAGUGCCAGCCCCAUUGCCCAAGAAGAUCUCCUCAGAGGUCUGGCCUCCAGCAGAGAAUCACCCACCACCAGAACCUGAGCCUGUGAGAAGCAGAGAAGAGCAUCCUGUGCCUUCCCUACCCAUGAUGCAGACUCAACCACAGAAUUCCCUGGAGGACAAUGAGGAGCCCCCAGCUCUGCCCCCUAGGACCCCGGAAGGCCUCCAGGUGGUGGAAGAGCCAGUGUAUGAAGCAGAGCCGGAGCAUGAGCCUGAGAAUGACUAUGAAGACGUGAUGGACCUAGGUCGGCAGGAGGAGGAAGCAGAGGGAGACUAUGAAGAUGUGCUGGAGCCUGAGGGCACUACUUCUCUGUCCUACCAGGCUGGAUCGUCAGCCAGGGCUGGUGGUCCAGGCACCUCAGCUGUAGCUCUGUAUGAUUACCAAGGAGAGGUAAGCGAUGAGCUUUCCUUUGAUCCAGAUGACAUCAUCACUGACAUUGAGAUGGUGGAUGAAGGCUGGUGGCGGGGCCGUUGCCAUGGCCACUUUGGACUCUUUCCUGCAAACUAUGUCAAGCUCCUCUAG